ACAACCUUCAGGGACACCGAAAACGCCACACACAACCUGAAGCUCUUUCUGAACUGCAGAGUGAUCUUUUGCAUCAGGAGGGUGUGGACCUGAGAGAAACACACAGGAGGAAGACACAGUGCUCUUCUCUGAGUGGAAUAAUCCACGGCUUUCCUGCACCGCUGUGUUUGUGUCUGUCAGCAGGUGCAAUGCCUGCCACGUCACAAAAACAGCAGGUGAGCAGCAGGGGGCGAUGCACGGCUCUCCUGCUUCCUCUCCUUCUGCUAGCAGUGGCUCUAAAACCCGGGAACACCACCAUCAACAUCCCAUCCAGAUACAAAAUAAGAGACUUGAAAAGCCCCCCGGUGAUUACGGCCCAGCCGAAAUCUGUCACCACCUUUUCGGCUGAUGACAUCACGCUCACCUGUGAUGCCACUGGGAAUCCCCCUCCCACGUUCCGCUGGGUGAAAGAUGGUGUGGAGUUUGACCCCUCUAAAGACCCUGACCUCUCUGUAUCCCGAGAUUCUGGCACUUUUUCACUGACAGCCAAAGAUGGACCCAUCCACCAGUACCAGGGCAGAUACAACUGCUAUGCCUCUAACGAGCUCGGCACGGCGGUGUCUAAUGAGGCUCGCAUCGUCACAGAGAACACUCCUACUCUACAGAAGGAAAAGAUCAUUACAAAGAAGGUGGAGGAAGGAGAGAGUGUGGUGCUUCCCUGUAAUCCUCCUAACGGCACUGUAGCUCCGGUCAUCCACUGGAUGGAUAAGAAGCUGCGGCACAUUCAGCAAAAUGAGCGUGUGAUUCAGGGUCGUGACGGGAACCUGUACUUCUCUCAUGCAACUGUGGCAGACAGUAGAGAUGACUACACCUGCAACAUUCAGUUCCCCAGCGCACGCGUCAUCAAGCUCAAGGAGCCAAUCAAACUCACUGUUUCUUCCUCAAACUCAGUGGUGCGGAACAGAAGGCCACAGAUGAUGCGUCCCACUGGCUCCAGCAGCUCCUACCUGGUACUCAGCGGACAAAACCUGGAGCUGGAGUGCAUCGUUCAGGGCCUUCCCUCUCCCAGUAUCCAGUGGAUCAGGAAAGAUGGAGUCCUGUCUGAGUCACGCACUACCAAAGAUAGCAAUGACAGAGUUCUGCGUUUUCAAAAUAUCUCAGAGACUGACGGUGGCGAGUACCAGUGUACGGCAACCAAUCCACAGGGCAUGAGCACUCACACCUACAGAGUCACGGUGGAAGCUGCUCCGUAUUGGAUUAAAGAACCAAAGAGCCAACUGUACGCCCCAGGAGAGACUGUCAAACUGGAAUGUAAGGCUGAUGGCAUUCCCAAACCUGAGGUCACCUGGAGCAUCAAUGGCAUUCUACUUUCUGAUAUUGAUCCAGACCCCCGACGCAGCGUGAAACAUGGCGUUCUCACUCUGAAGAAUGUGGAACUCAGCGACACUGCGGUUUUUCAGUGUAAAGCAGCCAGUAAACAUGGAUCUGUCCUCAUCAAUGCCUAUGUCUAUGUUAUAGAGCUGCCUCCUCAGAUUCUGACAGAAGACGGCCUCAUGUACUCCGUGGCAGAGGGACAGACCACUGAAUUGGCUUGCGAGACCUUUGGAUCUCCUCGGCCCAAUGUCACAUGGGAGGGAGAGUCCUGGGGCGCUCUUGUAGCCAAUCAGAGGAUGAUUCAGUUAUCUGACGGUUCUCUACAGAUCAGUAACGCCUCGCUCAAUGACAGUGGCCAGUACACCUGCACUGUCAACAACAGUAAAAUCACCAUCACCGCUGAGCUUGAUGUACUCAAUAAGACAGUGAUUGUGAAGCCUCCUCUGGCUCUGCGAAUUCAGCGGGGGAAACCGGCAACCCUCACCUGCGAGUACCAGGUGGACUCCAGACAGGACCUCCCUCAAGUCCAGUGGAGGAAGAACACGCAGAAGCUUACAGAGUCCUCGGAUUCAGACAAGUACAUGAUAGAUGAAUCCACCCUCAUAAUACCUGAGGUGGAAGAAGAGGAUGAAGGGACUUAUACAUGUGAAGUCAUUACCACACUGGAUAUGGCUAAAGCUAGUGGCUCCAUCACUAUCGUCGACCGACCAGACCCUCCGAGCCUAAUACAGAUGACCGAACCCAAAGAACGCAGAGUCACUCUCAGCUGGACACCAGGAGCGGAUCACAACAGCCCUGUGCUAGAAUAUUUGAUUGAGUUUGAGGAGACGGGAUCUGACAGAAAGGAAUGGGAAGAGCUCAGCCGUGUGUCCGGCAGCAGUCAGCGAGCUACUCUUCCCCUAAAGCCCUUCAUUUCUUACCGUUUCCGAGUCAUUGCCAUUAAUGAAAUCGGCAAGAGUGACCCCAGCAUGGUUACAGAGGCCUAUUCCACACCAGCUGCUCCUCCAGACAGCAACCCUGAAGGAGUGCGCAGUGAUUCCGACGAGCCAGGCACCCUUGUCAUCACGUGGAAGGAGAUGGACAGGCGUAGCUUCAAUGGCCCAGAUUUCCACUAUAAAGUGAUGUGGAGGAAAGUUUUGGGCAGCGGUCCAUCCUGGCACACCAAAGACAUCACCUCUCCACCCUUCGUUGUCACAGAUGUGGGCAACUUCUCAGCAUUUGACAUUAAAGUGCAAGCGGUUAAUGAGAUGGGAGAAGGUCCGGAGCCCAAAUCAAUUAUUGGAUACUCUGGGGAGGACUACCCUCUUGAGGCUCCUCUGGAUGUGGGAUUGAUUCUGAUCAACAGCACUGCUAUUAAAGUGACAUGGGCGGCCGUGAACAGGGAAACUGUGAGGGGUCGUCUGCAGGGGUACAAGAUUUAUCUGACGUACUUAGGCCCAAAAGGCCAACACCUCAGACGGGAGCCAAAAACCACAUUUGUUGUGACGACAGACAGUAAUGAGGAGAAGAAGGUUUUGGGAGAUCUGCAACCGUUCUCCCAUUACAAUCUGGCUGUAAGUGUCUUCAACUAUAAAGGAGAAGGACCCCAGUCUGAAUCCAUCUUAUUCUUCACUCCAGAAGGAGUUCCGGGUCCUCCAUCAUCUUUGAUGUUGGAUAGCCCAUCAGAAACAGAAAUGACAGUGCACUGGACUCCGCCCAACCAGCCAAAUGGAAACCUGAUUGGAUACAUCUUACAGCAUCAACAACUUGAUAAUGAUGCCAGCCUUAUGCAGGUGGUCAAGAUUAGUGACCCCACUGCUUCCCACUACAAAUUAAAACUGGACCCUCACAGCCGUUACCGCUUCUAUCUGCGAGGAUACACGGCUAUCGGAGAAGGACUGCCCAUCAUCAAGGAUGGAGCCACCACACUGGAUCCAGUUCCGCCCUCCGACAUUAGCAUAUCGACUGGAGAGACAUCAGUCAACCUGACCUGGGUGUCAAAAGAAAGACAGAGGAACGUGGAAUUCUUUAUUCAUUACCUGAGAAAGGAUGGCCCAGACAAAUGGGAGAAAUCUGAAAAGGUGAACAGCACUCAGUCUUUCUACACACUGCAUGGGCUCCAGCCUGGAUCCCAGUACCGGCUGAAGAUCGACUUUAACAACACUAAAUGGGAGCAAGAGAUCCAGACUGCAGGAGCUAGAGUCAUGGAGGUGAAAAGUGGGUUUGUAACCGAGAGCUGGUUUAUUGGACUCAUCAGUGCCCUCGUGCUGUUGCUGUUGGUACUGCUCAUCCUGUGUUUCAUAAAACGAAGCAAAGGUGGAAAAUACUCAGUUAAAGAAAAGGAAGAAGGCCAAAUAGAUUCUGAAGCUCGGCCAAUGAAUAAUGAAGCUU